UUUACCAACGUGCACUUAUUUCUUCACGGAUUAAUUUACCACGAAAUGAAAUCUCCUGAUUAUCAGAAGGAUCAGUGGACAAAUGUAAGGAUAAAUAAGUUUACAUUUAUAAGAGUAAUGUUGUUUGCAGGAUAUGUCUGAUAUACGAUUAACUGACACACUUAUCAAAAACUUGUCGAAGGUAAGAUUUUUUUUGCCGUGAGUAGCGCGUAUUUAAUGUAAUGUAGCCUUGCCCACUGCAUGCAUUAAAAGUUCAUUUUUUAUGUUUUGUAAUUUGUUUAUUUUUGUUAAGAAUACACAUUAUUUCUAAGUAUUGGGUCAAGACGGUUUUAAGUAAGCACAUAAACAUUUGAAAAACCAUUACUUGUAUACUUUCAUAUGCACUUGCUAUGGUAUAUAAACACAUUAUACUAAUUAUAAAAUUAAGCAAGUGAAAAUGAUGGAAUGUUGUAAACAAUUUAAAGUAUGAAGAAAAGUCAUAAACAAUGUGUAAAGUUAGCUAAGCUUUUAUAGUUUGUGUUAAAAGAUAUAAACGCUGAUUUUAUGUAAUUACGGUUGAUGGAAAAAAAAACAGGAAACAUAAUUUUGGAGAAUACUAAAAUAUAAAAAGCAACCUAUUUCUUUCAAUUUAUGAAAAAUUGUGAGCUGCGGAAUUACUAAAACUGUACAAUUAAUCCUAAUACAUUUGUUAUCACUCAAACUCCUAAAACUUUUCAAAUGUUGCAAUUUAUGAAGCAAAACUGUUCAAACGUGUCUCCUUCGCCAAAGUUGGGCUCUUUGUCUCGUACUCUUUUCUCUGCAUCGUCAGGAAAUACCGAGGAGGAUGUUUCUUUUCAUGAAACGAACUCAUAAAUCAAAGUCUUCUAGAAAAGCUGACAGCAUCCAGACAAUCAGUGUCUGUGAAAAUCUGCCCAAAUACGUAUUUCAUUCACCGCUUAUCAAUAUAACGAUUUUGGAUUCAGCGCAACCCACGUGGACGGAUAAUAAUAAUUAAUCUUUUUAUUGGCGUUUUACACCCCGUCAUUAGGAUUACACAAAACACUCAUACAACAUAUUUCACUGCACGUCCUCCCCAAUUUGUCUUAGUCUUUUUGCUUUUUGUCCUGAUUGAAAUAACGUUACAAAUGUUUAUAAUGUCUUUAUUGAAGAUGUUUUAAAAUGCUUUUUUUCGUAUGAAUAAACAAAUAUUUAAUCAACUACAAUAGUUUUUAUUUUUAGAUAUUUUUCCCCACAUCUAACAGAGUGAACAUUUGGCCACUAAGUGGUUCUACAGUUUUUAUAAACUAUGACUCCAUUUCAUUUAAGUACAUUACACUUUAUAUUUAUGCUGUUAUUUUUUCUUGCCUUAUUUGUCAGGCUUGUUGCUGUAAAAAAAAUAGUGGCAUAAGAAAUACUAGGCCGUAGUAAGCUUGUGUAAAGCGCCAUUUUGAAAAAAGAAAAAAGGUAUAAAAAUGUCCAAUUUCCUCCAGAGGGGGCGCGUGUCUCCUCUGCUCCACAUAGGAUUGUGGAUAAAAUACAUCGUCUUCCCUGUGAUUAUUGAUCAGUCUGUGAAUACUAAUCACAAAAUAGCAUUCAGCAAAAACAGAAAUCCCGCUAAUGUAUUUAUUUCAACAUGUAAGUUCUUAGUUCCAAGUAAGUUCCAAGUCCUUAGUUCCUUGCUGCUUAAUGUUGACAGUUAGCAUACAUAGACAUAGGCUAAAUAGCUUAUAGCAGUAAUAAAUAUACAGUGGGCUACAGCCAAUGUUUUUAUCAAGUAGCUAAGCCUAACGUAUUAAAAAACAACAAAUAUAACUGUGCUGGCUACACCGAAAAAAUAACAAUACGAUGAGUGGUAGUCAGUUUAUCAUUUUUAUACACUUACUAAGUUGACGAAAGCCGAUACACUAGAGCCUAUAGCUGAUAGGAUAUUGCUACCCGAAUUGUGAACCAGAAAAAGAUACUAACUUUACAUAAUUUCUUUGUGGUUUUGAGAUCAUCUUACCUGAAGCAUUUCUUUAAAAAAAAUCCACACACCGAGAAGCUGAUGCUGCCGGGACGCUGUCUGUGAGACAACGUCCCUCUUAGCGUAUCUGCCAGCGAAUCUAUCCUUUCAGCAGAAGUAAAGGUGGGCCUACGUAACGUUGAUGGACAAGAGGUCGGCAUUUGCAUAAGCCUGGUCUUUAACGACAACCUGUCAGUGCAAGGCCACUUAAGAUCAAGAUGAGACAGCACAACUGAUCACUGGCUGACCCAGCCCACGUGACUGUCACUGGUCAUUCAUAUCACUAGCGCCCGAACACCUCCAAUCCACGACUGAUUGAAGGAGGCAGAAGGGUGCCUCGGCUCAACCCAGGGUGAAUGGUGCGACGUUAAUCAGUUCCGGGCCCAAAGUUCUGUCAGUGUGGCAACCACGAGCUGAGACGCCCAAGAAGAUGACACAAUGAGCACAUUCUUAGAUUUUUCGUCCAUAAGUGGUGGUGGAGAUGGAGGUAGCGGGGGCUCGUGCUCAGUCAGGGCGUUCCACGGUGAUCACGGACUUUCAACAUUCCAAUCGUCGUGUGCUGUUAGGUUAAAUAGCUGCAGUGGAGAUGAACGGUUCAUGUCCAAUAUAUCGUCACAAGAUGUAAUUAACUCUCAGCCACAACAGGCCGGCUCGUACCAGUCCCCCGGGACUUUGUCAAUUACCUACAGCGCCCAUCCAAGUUAUGGAACUCAAAGUUUUUGCACUGGAUACAAUCACUAUGCCCUAAAUCAGGACGUGGAAUCGUCUGUGAGCUUUCCCCAGUGUGGCCCGUUAGUUUACUCUGGAAAUAUUUCUUCCACUGUUGUGCAGCACCGUCAUCAUCGUCAUGGUUACAGUAGCGGAAACGUUCACCUCCAUGGCCAGUUCCAGUACGGCUCAGCCACAUAUGAUGGCGUGCCCACGGGACAGACAUUUGACUGGAUGAAGGUUAAACGCAACCCGCCAAAAACAGGAAAAGCUGGGGAGUAUGGAUUUGGUGGGCAGCCAAACACUGUACGCACCAAUUUUUCGACAAAACAGCUGACAGAGCUUGAAAAGGAGUUUCAUUUCAAUAAGUACUUGACUCGCGCAAGGCGCGUGGAGAUCGCGGCUUCUCUCCAAUUGAAUGAGACUCAGGUGAAGAUAUGGUUUCAAAAUCGCCGUAUGAAACAAAAGAAGCGCGAAAAGGAAGGUCUUUUGCCGAAAUCUUUGUCCGAACAGAAAGAUGGUCUCGAAAAAACAGAGGAUGCAUCUGAAAAGUCGCCCUCUGCACCAUCCACGCCCUCUCCUUCACCAACUGUUGAGGCAUACUCCUCUAAUUAAACAGCUUUCACAUUUGUUCUUUCAAAUUGUAAACAAUAAUGCAAAAUUGUUUGUGACUUGUCUUAUGGUUAUUUGUACAUCAUGUUUUAACAUAAGUGGAAGAGUGUUUUAGCGACCAACCGUUUCUAACUCGACCAUUUUGAUCACUCAUUGUUUAUCUGUGCACUAUUUAUGUUAAUGUGAAAUAACUGUUAAUUGUCUUGGGCACUUUGUCAAGCACCUGGAUAGAAAGAAGUGGCUUGUGCAUUUUUGUGCACAGUAAUAACAAAUGCUGCACUUUUACGCGCGUCUUAGUUUGAACUUGUAAACCACUUGUCAAAAUGUCUACCUCAAGAACCGAAGGAAAUAGUGCAAUAUAUUUAGGGGAUGCAUUACUAGUGAAUCUGUUAAAUCUUUCGGGAAAUAGUGUCUGUAAUUGACAAAUUCUCUGGACGAUGCAAAGUGUUGUUAAUUCUUGUGUUGUGAGUUUUGCAGCAUACGCAAUUGUCUGAAGUUGUUCUCCGGUGAUGCUGAGUUUUAUCAGUCGGAAUUAAAGUUUCCUUUAAUUUAGAAAUGCGUUAGAAAAAGAUCAAGAUACGGGUGAAAUCAUGUGAUAAUUAAAAUGUAUCUUAUAAGUACAAUUUAUUCAAAUACUGUAUUACUUUUGAUGGUUCUAAUGUCUGUCAACCCUCACAGAAACAACUAACUCUAAAACACUGCUGACAAUCUGUCUUAAAAAUUUAAACCAGCAAUCUAAGCACUAUUAUUUAAUAUUUAAAUAUACAUUUUGUGGAAUGAACUGUUAAGUUUGAUUUAUCGAUUGCUUGUUUGCAGUCUUAAAUCCACCAAUAACUAGCUCUCUGCCUCCGUAACUGAUAUAUGCGUCCGCGUGUGGUUCUUUCCUCAGGGACGAAGUGAUAUUGGCACAUUAAGCAUGUUUAUCCACGAUAGAAGAUGCGCAAUGCUGUCACCGUUAUUCGCGGUGACAACCCUAUUGACCUGUUAGUUUAUCGAAGAGAAACAAAAAACAUGACGAUCGAUUAAAUCAUCUCAACUAUCAAACAAGAAUGAGUCGGUCUGACCCCAUCAGUGUUGAUGGGAUGUCUGACUCAUGUUGCAGCUUAGUUUGCUUUACAAAGCUGGGAGCGGGGAAGUAGGAUAACAAUAUCUUGAUCUGAAUAAAAUAACACGGGUGUCAAAAUAGGUUCCUCAGUCCUCAGUUCAUUUCCAAUCCUGCUCCAACAUACAUAGGUUUCAAACAAGCCCGCAUGACUCAAUUAGAUGGAUCAGGUGUGUUUAAUUAGGGUUAAAGCUAAACUGAGCAUAGCUGAGGAGUUUUUCACCUGUGCAAAAACCCUACUUUAUAUUCUGUGUCUUUAACGUCUUAUAACUUCAAAGGUAAAGUACUUUGUACUGAUGUUCAUGUUGUAUUGCAAAGUAUUCUGGUUGAUAUUUAGAUGAAAUAAGGUUAUAGACGGGUUUAGUGAGUAGAUUUAAGUGGUCAAAAGUUCAAUUUGAGUUUCUUAAGUUUUCGCUAAAGGGUAAGCAGUGUUAUUAUAGAUGAUUUUACAUAAAUAAUUACAGCGUAACAAGUAUUUUUUUCAAUAAAAAAAGUUUUGUUCUAUCAAAAAACUGCAUGGAAAUAUAAGUACUAUGUUAUCUUACCCAUAAACAAUCAUUUUCACGGAAUCAUCGGCAAACUAUAAAACACAAUGCAAGUUUUUUUUUCAUUUUUAUUAACGUUUUUUUCUGACAUUUUCAAUACGCACGUUUUGACAGCUUAUAACUUUACUUUAGAUCCACCUGUGAUUGUGUAUGAAUCUGAUGGGUACAUAAGAUUUUAUCCUAAAUUCGAAGUGUGUUUAUACAUUGGUGGAAAAACAAUAGUUGUAUAGAAUUAUUUUGUACAAUAAAAUACAGCAAAGUGCUUUCUAGGUUUAAGUUUUAAUAAAUAAGUUUUAAAAUAAACAUUUUCCAAUUUUGUUUUCUUAAUUAAGAUUUUUCGUAAUUUUUCUUAAGUAUACGGCAAACUUACGAAGGCAUUAACAUGCUUUGCACAUUCUGAUUUAAUUUGCCCAAAUGCUUAUGUGACAAAAUCCAUUAAAAUAAAAAUACGA